UUUUAGAAGUAGUUAAAAUUUCAGAAAAAAAUGGAGGAUGAUAAAGUGAAAUUAUGCGCAUCUGAAUCCCAUAUUUCUGAGAUACAGGAAACCUGUUCUGUUCUGAUGUACUCCACUCUCUACUCCGACACCCAGAUCAUCUGUUCAGACGGAAACCUGAGCAUUAACUCCAUGCUCUUGUGUUUCCUGUACCCGGAGUUAGAAUCUAGAUUUAUCCGGUAUUCUGGAGUUCAAACCAUUCUCCUUCCGUCCCACUCUGUUCAGGAGUUUAAAACCGAUCUUAACUCCGUCCUGGGAUACUGUGAUCAAGUAAACCAGGAGGAGAAGGAUGAAACCGUGUCUCAAGGUGGGGAUGAGAGCUGUGAUUUUAUGCUAGUGGAACCAGAGUUAGACGGGAACUGGAUAAAUUCAGAGAAUUUUGAACCAUCUUCCUCAUCAGAUAAUAGAUUGAAUGAAAGAUUACUUGAUCAGGAAGCAGAACAGAACCAAGAUUUAUCGAAAGUAAAACGAGGGAAGGUUAGAUCCCAGAUUUGGAAAUAUUUUGAACCGACGGACUCCUUUAAGGAGUCGGCCUGCUGCAAGGAGUGUGGGAAGGAGAUUAAGACGAGGAAGGGUUGCACCACGAGUAUGAUCCGACAUCUCAAGACAAAACACCCAGAGCUUCAGGAUGAAACAUUUCCAUUGAACCCGUCCUUGGAGUUUACAGGAAGAUAUUCCUGGGCCUUGAGUUUCAUAUCUCCAGGGUUGGAGGGAGACAGUGGAGGAACUUUCUGUAAUUUGUGUAAAAAAUUCUUUAAAACUUCAGUCACCGGGCUUUCAGUGUUACAGAACCACCUGGAGUUACAACACAAGGAGAUAUUUAAAACACUUUGUUUUGUUUGUAAACAAGGGUUAGAGGAAACUGAACCUAGAUCCAGUUGUACAAUCUGCGAUUGUUGUUUUCAUCCUGACUGCGUAGAAACUUCUAGAAAUGAUGAUUAUGACGCAGAUGUACGCACAGAUGCCUGGUGUGCGUACUGCUGUCGUCAGGACAGAUCCAGACGGAGGAGAACCAAGUACUAUCUCAGCAGGAUUAACAGCUGUGCACAGACUGCGUCUGUCUGCCCAGAAUGCGGGAAAGAAUUUAAAAAUCUGUCAAAUCAUAUUAAAGUUCACCAUCUUGGAUUAAAGAAUCAUAAAUCUGCACAUUGUGAUAUAUGCAAGAAAGUGUUUACUCAGAAAGCUCAUUUGAAAGAGCAUAUUAAAUCUGUCCAUGAACAAAUUAAAGAGUUCAAAUGUACAUUCUGUGACCGGGAAUUUUUUCGAAAGCCUAAUUUCAAAAGACACAUGAAAACUAUGCACAUGAACCUUCAAAGCAAUCAAGAAACUGAAUGUGUUGAUUGUGGAAAAGUGUUUAAAAGUAAGAAUUCUUUGCGUAAGCACAUUAAGAUCAUACACCAAGGAAUAUCAAGUUCAAAAAAACUUUAUUGUGAAGAUUGUGGACAGUGCUUUACGCAAAGUGGAUCCUUGUAUACGCAUAUGCGUAAGGUGCACCGGAAGGAGCCGGAUAUUCCUAAAAACCGGCAAAAUGUAAACAUUGAUAAAAUAUACAUUGAUACAUCAGUCAUCCUGGAAGCACAUCCAGAACUGAAAACAGAUUUGGAAACCAUAUCUUGAGUUUGUAUUCAACCUUCAUGGAGAAGAAACAAAUCUCUCAAGAAUUGGAAAAGGGUCAACGAGGGGAGGAAGGCCAGCCACAACAAUUUCUAGUCCGAGCCACAUUCUCCUCAUUUUCUCGUCCGAGCCACCUC